AUGCCGGAACAAGCACAACAGAAGGCGCGCCACGACCUCGAUGAUGCUAAGCUGGGCGAAUACCUCAAGGACUACUUGCCAAAUCUCAAGCUACCGGUUGUGUCGACAAAGAUCGGUUAUGGGCAGAGCAACCCAACGUACUUCGUUGAUGAUGCGAGCAAGAAUAGGUUUAUCCUCCGGAAGAAGCCUUCCGGGACGAUCAUCUCACCUGUAGCACAUCAAGUCGACCGCGAGUACAAAGUGCUCAAGGCAUUAGGGAGCGUGGAAGGCUUCCCAGUUCCAAAAGUAUACUGCCUCAGUAUGGAUACUUCGAUCAUCGGAACCGCAUUUUAUGUCAUGGAGUAUAUUGAAGGUCGCAUCAUUACCGAUCCAAACCUGUCGACACUUUCCCCAACAGAAAGGCGUUCGGCUUGGUUCUCUCUAGUGUCGACACUGGCAUGGCUUCACUCCAUUGAUCCAGACACCAUUGGUCUUUCCAACUUUGGCAAGAAGACUGGCUUCUACACACGCCACUGUAAUACCUUUUCACAUAUAGAGGCUCAACAGGCCAAAGUCAAGGAUGUCAAGACUGGGAAGGAACUGGGGCGCGCGCAUCCCAACUUCGACGAGAUUGUGGAAUACGUUCGCAAGAACGUCCCGACGGACCGGACCAGCAUUGUUCACGGGGACUACAAAUUCGACAAUGUGAUUCUGCAUCCGACGGAGCCACGGGUCAUUGCCAUUCUGGACUGGGAGUUGAGCACCAUUGGCCAUCCCCUCAUGGACGCAGUGUAUGUCGUAGGCCCGUACUGGAAUCGUGCGAGCUCGAGCGGCAUGUCUGGCGGUCCAAAGGUAGAAGCCAGAGAUGACCAGGGAGGCGAAGUGUACGAUCCAGAGAACCAGGCGAAGAACGGCAUGCCGAGCAUGGACGAGUUGAUGGACGAAUACACACGGAUAACAGGCUGGGACCCAAGGAAAGAUCAGUGGGAGAUUGCAAAAGUGUUCCACCUCAUGAGGGGCAGCACCAUCAGUCAUGGAAUCCAAGCGCGGACGAUCUCAGGGCAAGCAAGCAGCGAGUUCUCGCACAUCUACUUUGAGAACACAAAGCGCGGGCUAGACGCCGCCCUGGCCAAAGUGCGCUCCAUGAAAGAGCAAGGAGCGCCGCGCAGCUCGCUAUGA